AUGCCGCGAGCCACAUCCGAGCGCUUCAACCGCCAGCACCAGACGGCGCCAUCCGCUGCAUCCAAGCAGGACCGCCAGGCGGGUGGCAAGGGUGCUCUCAAUCCCAUUUUCAACACUGCUCAAUUCGGCCAGCACAUCCUCAAGAACCCGCUCGUCGCGCAAGGCAUCGUCGACAAAGCGAACUUGCGACCAUCCGAUGUCGUCCUCGAGGUCGGCCCCGGUACCGGCAACCUGACAGUGCGCAUCCUCGAAAAGUGCAAGCAAUGCACGGCGGUGGAGAUGGAUCCGCGCAUGGCUGCGGAGCUUACGAAGCGUGUACAGGGAAAGCCGGAGCAGCGGAAACUCAACAUUAUUGUCGGUGACUUUGUCAAGACGGACCUGCCGUACUUUGACGUCUGCAUCUCCAACACGCCCUAUCAGAUCUCUUCGCCCAUCGUCUUCAAGCUGCUCUCCCAGCAGCCCAUCUUCCGCGUCGCCAUCCUCAUGUUCCAGCGCGAGUUUGCGAUGCGUCUCGUCGCACGACCAGGCGACUCGCUCUGGAACCGUCUCUCAGUCAACGUCCAGCUGUACGCUAAGGUCGACCACAUCAUGAAAGUCGGCCGCAACAACUUCCGUCCUCCACCCCUUGUCGAGUCGUCCGUUGUCCGCAUCGUCCCUCUCGACCCGCCUCCUCCUGUCGCUUUCGCCGAGUUCGACGGCUUGACGCGCAUCGCGUUCUCUCGCAAGAACAAGGUCAUUCGGGCGAACUUCCAGGCCAAGGGAGUAGAGCAGAUGCUCGAGGCUAACUACAAGGCGCUGUGCGCGCAGCAGGAGAAGAUGAUUCCCGACGACUUCGAUGUCGGCAAGCUGCUCGAGCAGGUCUUGACGGAGAGCGGGUUUGCCGAGUCUCGGGCGUCGAAGAUGGACGUCGACGACUUCCUCAAGUUGCUGACGUGCUUCCACAAGCAUGGCAUGCACUUUGCCUAG